ACUGCGCAGAAGAACGGCUGGGAUAUUCCAGGCUGAUUCUCUCAAGGAUGUGGACCUUUCCUUCCUGUUUCAGUAACACAGGCAGCGUAUCCUCCGCAGAGUGGACCGCAAUAGAUAGAUAUCAGGCCUCCAUAAUGGCUGUGUUCUUAGCCUUAGCGUUACAAAGUCGCUUAAUUCAUAGCUUCAAUCGCGCCAAAUGCGUGAUUAUAUUCAUUUAGCAUCCGUUGCGUUAGACAUUAUUUACGUCUGUUUAGACAGCAUCAGGAACACGCGCUGUUCUCUGGCAGUUGUACCCACCAUAUUCUCAUGGCGGAGACUAAAAUAAUUUACCAUAUAGACGAGGAGGAAACUCCUUAUUUGGUGAAACUGUCAGUAGCUCCAGAAAAGGUAACUUUGGCAGAUUUCAAACAUGUCCUCAGCAACCGACCGGUCAACAGCUACAAAUUCUUCUUUAAAUCUAUGGAUCAAGAUUUUGGGGUUGUUAAAGAGGAAGUCUCUGACGAUAACUCCAAACUGCCUUGUUUCAACGGGAGAGUGGUGUCAUGGCUUGUAUUGGCUGAGAGCUCCCAUACGGAUGGGAUGUCUGUGUGCACUGACAGUCAUACUGAGCUGCCCCCACCGCUGGAGAGGAAAGGAGGUAUUGGAGACUCCAGACCCCCCUCGUUCCACGCUAAUGCAGUGAACAGCAGAGACGGGCUGGACACAGAAACUGGAAGCGAGUCCAUUCUCCGCCACCGUCGAGAGCGAGAACGAGAAAGGACCAGACGGAGGAGAGAUGAAUUCCCACGUGUGAACGGUCACUCUAAAGCUGAGCGGGGGGUGAGGGACACAACCAUGGCCUGUGACAGUGGCUCUGUGAUGAGCAGCGAGCUGGAGUCAAGCUCCUUCAUUGACAGUGAGGAGGAUGAGGAUGCUAGCAGGCUGAGCAGUUCCACAGAGCAGAGCUCUUCUUUUCAGUUAAUGAAGAGACAUAAGCGCAGGCGCCGGCGACACAAAGUGACUAAACUCGACAGGUCAUCUUCCUUCAGCAGUAUCACAGAUUCAACCAUGAGCCUCAACAUCAUCACAGUUACCCUUAAUAUGGGUAAGAUCAGCUUGCCUUGUACGUGCACACAUACAGUACAUCACAAAUUCAUCACUUCCAUCUUCUCUUUCAUUUGCACAGAGAAAUAUAACUUUCUCGGCAUCAGCAUAGUGGGCCAAAGUAACGAGAGAGGAGAUGGGGGCAUCUACAUCGGCUCUAUUAUGAAGGGAGGAGCGGUGGCAGCAGAUGGGAGGAUAGAGCCGGGCGACAUGCUGCUGCAGGUAAAUGACGUGAACUUUGAAAACAUGAGCAAUGAUGAUGCUGUCAGGAUCCUUAGAGAGAUCGUCUCAAAGAACGGUCCCAUCAGUCUCACCGUUGCCAAAUGCUGGGAUCCUUCUCCCCGCAGUUACUUUACAAUACCCAGAGCUGAACCAGUUAGACCCAUUGACCCAGCAGCAUGGAUUUCCCACACUACUGCACUUACAGGAUCUUACCCACAAAACGAGUUUGACGAUCUCCCUCUUGCAGUGGGAAAGACAGACAUGGCCACUAUUGUAAAGGUGAUGCAGGUUCCAGACUCAGGAUUAGAAAUAAGGGACAGAAUGUGGCUGAAGAUUACUAUAGCUAAUGCUAUAAUAGGAGGUGAUGUAGUAGACUGGCUGUACUCACGGGUCGAGGGAUUCAAAGACCGGCGGGAUGCCAGGAAAUACGCCAGCAGCCUGCUGAAACAUGGCUAUCUCAGACACACUGUCAACAAGAUCACCUUCUCCGAACAGUGCUACUAUACAUUUGGAGAUCUCUGCCAAAAUAUGGCUACACUAAACUUGAAUGAGGGAUCAAGUGGUGCUGGUUCAGAGCGGGACACAUUGGCCCCUCUUCCCCCUCCGUCCACUAACCCGUGGCCCAUGGGUGGCCAGCCCUACCCCUACCCACCCUUCUCCACAGUGCCCUCUGGUUUCCCGCCAGGUUAUUCCGACCCCUGCCACAGUUUCCACAGUGGCAGCGCAGGAAGUCAUCACAGUGAGGGAAGUCGAAGCAGUAGCUCCAACCCUAGUGCUGGGAGGAGCCAGCGGCCUGUGCUUAGGGAAAGGGAGCGCAAAUCAGCAGGCAGUGGUGGCAGCGAAUCGGAUUCAGGCAAGCGAACAGGUGGGAGGCAGGUGGAGCGUUCAUCCAGCCAGUUGAGCCACCGUAGCCAUGCACUGUCAAAUCGCAGCCACAGCAAAACUUAUUCCCGUGUCCCGUCCCAGCACAGCCGCACAUCCUUCUCCUACACCCACGCUCCCUUUUCCAAGUAUGGACACACCUCUUGUGCGCUCAGCGAACGGAGUCACGCCUCCUCCUACGGACCCCCAGGCCUGCCUCCUCCUUACAGUCUGGCCAGAUUGACCCCUAAGGGAGCUAUCAGCAGCGGGCCCCCAGGGGCCCCUCCAGUGAGGGAAAUAGGAGCCAUACCACCGGAACUCACCGCCAGUCGCCAGUCUUUCCAGCAUGCCAUGGGCAACCCUUGUGAGUUUUUUGUGGAUAUAAUGUAAUCUGAUUAACAAAAAAUAAAUAGCAGUACAACAAAAAUCUCACAGGAUGAGUCCCAUAAAUACAUGAUCAACUUUUACCAACAGCAAAUGUGUACAAACAAAAAACAGCACAAGUUCCUGUGGAAGGCUGAGGAUCAGAUGUGUUAAGAUGACCAUGUGUUGAGCAGAGGGCAAUACCUACAAUACACUACUAUUCAAAAGUUUGGCAUCGGUAAGAAAGAAGUCUCUUAUGCUCAACAAGGAUACAUUAAUCAAAAAUACAGUAAAAACAGUAAUAUUGCCAAAUAUUAUUACAAUUUAAAAUAACUGUUUUCUAUUCGAGUAUAUUUUAAAAUAUAAUUUAUUUCCAUGACGGGAAAGCUCAAUUCUCAGCAGUCAUUACUCUAGUCUUCAGUAUCGCAUGAUCCUUCAGAAAUAAUUUUAAUAUGCUGAUUUACACUUAAAAAUUUUGAAAACCGUUGUGCUGCUUAAUAUAUUUUGGGGAACUGUGGUACUAUUAACAUUACUGUCACUUUUGAUCUAUUUAAUGCAUCCUUGUUGCAUCCAAAAGUUUGGCAAAAGGGGAUAUAAAGUAUUUAUUUCUGUCACAUUAAAAAAGGUCAAACAAGGUUUAUAUUACAAAUUGGAUUCAGUGCAGCUUUUUAGAGCAGUAUUAACCAUUUUAGCUAGCAAUAAAGUUGCACACCAGCAGCCACAUUUUCAAUCCUAAAUUAGCAAAAGGUAAAGACAAUCAGACAAUGCCCUCUGCUGGUCAGGAGCUGUUAGUCCUUUCCAAAGCUGUCCAUGAACAGACUAGGCUACUGAUCAUCUUUAAGAUCCAGCAAGAGUCAAAAAGUAUUUUCAUUUUGUGUUUGUUCCUGUUAAAACACUAUGUAAAACAGACUUUAUAUUGGAGUUUCAUUUCAAUCGUGCCCAUGAAUACUUGUCUGGGCAGUUGAUGGAAGAUGGGUGGAAUGAAUCAUUUUUAGACACGUUUCCAAUUAUUACCAGGUUGGAAACAUGGUAGCAUGUCACUGUUGGCUCUAUUGGCUAUGAAGCGCUAGCUAGAAUAAUGUAUUUUCAGGAAAUUAAAAAAGCUGCUGGAUAUCAGGGUAAACUAAAAAAAACAGCACUUACAGUGUAUGCACAAAAUUAAUUGGCACUUGCUGAACAUCUGAAAUUAGUUGUAUUUUCUUACAUGAGAAGUUCUUAAAUGUUUUCGACAAGUCCUACAGAUAAUUCUUUUUUUGUUUAUUGCUCCUGCGACAAUGUGUCUGUUGUAUGAUGUGAUAUCUGGUGCUGGUAACCUGUU